AUGGCCCAGAGUCGUGGGACGAUGGUUGGCAUGGUCCUACUGGGGCUGGGGCUGGCCCUGGCCAUCAUUGUGCCUGCCGUGGUCCUUUCUCGCCACCACGCCCACUGUGGCCCCCAGGCCUUUGCCCACGCUGCGGUCGCCGCUGACUCCAAGGUCUGCUCGGACAUUGGGCGGGGCCCAGUGGAUCGGAGUGCCCGGGGAGCUCCGCGGCUAUGCUGAGGCCCACCGCCGCCACGGCCGCCUGCCCUGGGCGCAGUUGUUCCUGCCCACCAUUGCGCUGCUCCGGAGGGGCUACCGCAUGCCCCCCAUCCUCAGUCAGUUCCUGAACCACAGCUUGCUGCGGCCUUCCUUGCAUGCCUCGUCCCUGAGCUCUUCUUCAACGGGACAGAACCCCUGAGGCCUCAGGACUCAUUCCCAUGGCCUGUGCUGGCUGCCACCCUGGAGACCGUGGCCACGGAGGGUGCAGAGGCCUUCUACACAGGGAGCCUGGGCCAGACGCUGCUGGAGGACAUUGCCAAGGAAGGCAGCCGGCUGACCCCGCAGGACCUGGCAUCGUUCCAGCCAGAGGUGGUGGACGCCCUGGCAGUGCCCCUGGGAGACUACACCCUGUACUCACCGCCACCGCCUGCAGGGGGCGCCAUUCUCAGCUUCAUCCUCAACGUGCUCAAAGGGUUCAACUUCUCCGCGGAGUCAGUGGCGAGGCCCGAGGGGAGCGUGAACUUGUACCAUCACCUCGUAGAGACCCUCAAGUUUGCUGGGGGGCAGAAGUGGCGGCUGUGGGACCCUCGAAGCCAUCCAGAGAUCCAGAAUGCCUCCCAGGUCCUGCUGGGGGAGGCCCUGGCCAAGCACAUCCGCCAGCAGAUCGACAGCCGGGGUGACCACCAGCUCAGCCACUACAGCCUGGCUGGGGCCUGGGGCCACAGGAUGGGCACGGCCCACGUGUCUGUGCUGGGAGAGGAUGGCAGUGCUGUGGCCGCCACCAGCACCAUCAACACGCCCUUUGGAGCGAUGGUGUACUCACCGCGCACAGGAAUUCUCCUCAACAAUGAACUCCUGGACCUUUGCUGGAGGCGCCAGCCAGGCUCCAGUGUCAUCCCCAAACCUGUUGCAGGUGAGCGGCCCCCAUCAUCCAUGGUACCCUCCGUCUUGGUCAACGCAGCCCAGGGGUCAAAGCUGGUGAUUGGCGGGGCUGGGGGGGAGCUCAUCAUCUCUGCUGUGGCCCAGGCCAUCAUGAACAAGCUGUGGCUUGGCUUUGACCUGAAAGCAGCCAUUGCAGCCCCAAUCCUGCAUGUCGACAGCAAGGGCCAGGUGGACUACGAGCCCAAUUUCAGCCAGGAAGUGCAGAAGGGGCUCCAGGACCGAGGCCAGAGCCAGAGCAAGAACCUCUUUUUCCUGAACGUGGUCCAGGCCGUGUCCCAGGACGGGGCCUGUGUGGACGCCGCAUCAGACCUAAGGAAGGGUGGGGAGGCCUCGGGCUACUGAGGAGGCUGCUCCCGAAAGCCGGGAUCUAGCCUACCAUCAGUGUGUGCCCAGGCUGGCCUUGGCCGUGGGACUGAGAGCUCCAGCAGGAUCUGGACCCCUUGGCUAGGGGGUCGGCCUGGGGCUGCGAGAGGUGGGGGCAGCCUGGCAGAUGGACGACUGUGGGAGCUGAGCCCUCCCUCAGAGCCUCUUGUGUCCUGCCCUGGCCCCUCUAGCCUUCCCAGGCCUCUUGCCCAGGACUGUGGCCCACCCCCAUCUGUAUUUUCUCCAGUCCAAGA